CUGAGGGAAAGACCGCAGACAGUUACCUAUAUCUGAAAUGUUAUGAGAAUUUAUUUACACGAUAAAAAGGUCGUUUUCUCUCUCUUUUUGGAAGGAGAAAUCAAAGUAUUCAAAAUGAGCGUGUAUGUAGGUUCAUCUUUUAAUGUUGAGGAUGUCCUUAGACCUUCUACGAAAGAGGGUGGGCAUGAAGAUGUAGAGCCCAAAGUUGAGCAGCUGAUGAAUAAACUUAAAAGGCUGCAACAAGGUAAGAGAGCUAUAGAGGAGGAGGUGAAAGAGGCCCAGUCACUCAGAGACUCUCUGCAGGAAGAACUCGAUGCCCUACAGACGGAAGCUUACCAACUGGAGGGAGUCCACAAAGAGAAAGAAGAGUCGUGCAUGGUGCUGCAGUUCCAGUGUGAAGAGAUGGAACAGGACUCUACCAGGCAGCAGCAGCUUAACAGGAAGAGUGAGGACCUGAUAGAACAGUACAGAUGUCAGAUCCAGGAGACUAAACUCAAACACAGGAAACACCGGAUGAAGUUUGAAAACCAGCUCCAGCAGCUGAUAGAGCAGCAUAAGAACCUGCACUCUGUCUUUAGCCCAGACAGACUGCCUGCUGAAAUAGAGAGCGUUGAAAACGCCAAGUCUCAGCUGCUGAAGGCUGAACAGCUGAAGUUGUCUCAGCUCUGCCAUCUAGAGGAGGCGCUGGAUGAGGCCAGGAGGCAGACUUCGACUGACACAGCAGACAAACACACAGACUGAACCCUGGAACUGUACACUGUAAAAACGACCACUGUGUACAAUUACAAGUAUUACCAUGGCUCAUAGUUAGAGAGGGUUCCAUGGGUAGAAGCAAAGUUGUGAAUGUUUUGUGAUUGUUCUUCUGCCCUUGAUGUUGUGUAUUGAGGUCCCCCUGUUUGAUGUUGUGUAUUGAGGUCCCCCUGUUUGAUGUUGUGGUUCUGAAUCAUUUGUACGUCAUUCUUUAUUAAUUAUUUAUUUGCUGCUGAGCAGUCUGCUUUUAACAUUUACAUUUAAGUCAUUUAGCAGACGCUCUUAUCCAGAGCGACUUACAGAUUAAACAGAUUAAAUACAGUUGUCUAUGCUGGUUGAGGGUUACGUGUUUGUGGAUUGAGAGUCUCACACGGAUAAGAAUAAACAAACAUCACCAACAUGAAUGCAACACAGACAGUCACCAGUGGUGUAAAGUACUUAAGUAAAAAUACUUUAAAGUACUACUUAAGUCGUUUUGGGGGGUAUCUGUACUUUACUAUUUAUAUUGUUGACAACUUUUACUUUUACUU